GUCGUCUGGUCCAGCAGUGAAGCUCAUUCAUGAAAUCUCAAACUGAGAGUUUGAGUCACAUGAUCUGAGUUGGAAGUCAGGAGGCGACUGGUUCAAAUCUCAUUUUGCUUAGUGACAUUAGCGUCCCGUAUUGAGGAAGUGGAGCAGGAAGACGAAAGAGAGACACGUUGCCAUGGGGAAGAGGCUGCGUGUCACCAUGCUACGGGGUGGGACCAGAACGGGGCAAGGGCGGGAGAGAGCUCUUAAAGGGGCCACGCCUCAGAAUGCACCUUCACUGCCUGAUCGGAGUUUGCAAUCGGUAAGGAUGUUGGAGAAGAUCCUCGUGACAGGUGGAGCUGGCUACAUAGGAAGUCAUUGCGUGCUGGAGCUGGUUGAAGCGGGCUACACUCCUGUGGUCAUUGAUAAUUUUCACAAUGCCAUCCAAGGGGACAACGCCUUGCCUGAGAGCAUUAAACGGGUACAGGAAAUUGUGGGGAAGGAGAUCCUUUUCCAGAAGCUGGAUGUUCUCGAUGAAGCUGGCAUGCAGGAGCUCUUCAAGAAGCAUCGUUUCUCUGCGGUGAUGCAUUUCGCAGGCCUCAAAGCAGUCGGAGAGUCAGUCCAGAAGCCGCUGGAGUACUACAAGGUGAACCUCACUGGGACCAUCCACUUACUGGAGACCAUGAAAGCACACGGGGUCAAGAAUUUGGUGUUCAGCAGCUCAGCCACAGUCUACGGGGACCCUGCCUACCUCCCCCUUGAUGAAAACCAUCCCGUCGGUGGCUGCACCAAUCCCUAUGGCAAGUCCAAGUAUUUCAUCGAAGAGAUGAUCUGUGAUUUGUGCAAGGCAGAACAGGACUGGAACGCUGUUCUUCUGAGGUACUUCAACCCUAUUGGAGCCCACAAGUCGGGAAGGAUAGGAGAGGAUCCCCAAGGCAUCCCGAACAACCUGAUGCCUUAUGUUGCACAGGUGGCAGUGGGACGCAGGGAGUUCCUGAGUGUAUUUGGGAAUGAUUACAACACAGCGGACGGGACAGGCAUUAGAGAUUACAUCCAUGUGGUGGAUCUGGCCAAGGGUCAUAUUGCAGCGCUGAAGAAGCUCGAGGAGAACUGUGGCUGCAAGAUAUACAACCUUGGGACGGGUGUUGGUUACUCUGUCCUGCAGAUGGUCAAAGCCAUGGAGAAGGCAUCAGGAAAGGAGCUCAAGUACAAGAUUGUUGCACGCCGGGAAGGGGAUGUGGCCUCCUGUUACGCCAACCCUGCCCUUGCAGAGCGGGAGCUGGGCUGGAAAGCUGUUCUUGGUCUAGACAAGAUGUGUGAGGACUUGUGGAGGUGGCAGUCACAGAACCCCACCGGCUUCAGCAAGAACUAGUGCUCCAGACCAUGUCGUCCCGAUCUUAUGCCUUGCAAGUGCUGCUGGCUCUGGGCUCCAGGGACUUUUCACUCAGGGAGGAUUCUUUUUAGUGCCCCCUUCUCCUUCAACUGCCUGGAGGAGUCUGCUACAUUAGAACCCACGUGGAAUUUGUGUGGUUGGAAAAGAUGCCCAAGUCUCACUUUCCACAAGGAAAUAGCAAGGUCACCUUGGUGACUAGACCAGUAAUUCUGGCACGAUCUCCUAGGUCCAGGCUGGAGGGAAUGGGGUACUACCCUACUCCCGCUCUCUUGCCUCUUAGUCUUGAUCAACUGCAGCUGGCUGGAGUGUAGGGGGCACAGAAGAAGGCCGAGGACCAGGGCCUGCUGUAGUGAGGCCCUGCCAGGUAUCUUACCUGGCUCUCAUGAAACAUAAUGCCCAGCAGCAACUGUGAGCUGCAGGCUGACUGCCAGUGGGGCAGUUGCUUAGAGGCUGCUGAAAAAUAGAGGAAAAUACGGACAGCAGCCUGUGUCAACAUUUCUACUAUUUGCAGACGAGGCAACCAAUUAAAAUGUUUAAACGGCAAAA